CACGUGUAUGUGUCUGUAAUCAUGGCAGACCUUCAGAUGAAAAUUCUUAGGAAAAAAAUUCAGAAAAGGAAUGAAAAAACCAAAGAGCGCAAACUACGUAAAAAGCAGAGGGAAGAAGCAGAAGAUGAGUCAGACGUUAAAAUGACGACUGAAGCGUGGAGUGCUGAAACUAGAGAGGAGGUCACGGUUCCGGACGCAAAACAGGAUAAACAGAGGCGUCUGACCACAGAGGAGGACACGACCAAACAGAUGAGUAACAAGAAAAAGAAGAAGAGAAAAUUGGAUGAAGAGGGAGAAACCGCCAACAGCAAUGUAAAAAAAUCCAAACAGCAGGGCAUUGGACUGGAUGGGAGUAAGAAAGAUGAGCAUGAGAGUGAGGUGGGAGAAGAGGUGUGUGAUGAUGGAAUGGAUGGAGAGGAGGAGGAGGAGGAUAUGCCAGAGCUUCCUUCUGGACUGACUGGAGCAUUUGAGGAUCGGUCGUUCGCAUCACUGGCAGAGCUUGUGAGUGAGAAUACCCUGAAGGGUGUUAAGGAGAUGGGCUUUGAGCACAUGACUGAGAUUCAGCACAAAACCAUACGCCCUCUACUGGAGGGGAGAGAUGUCCUUGCAGCCGCUAAAACGGGCAGUGGGAAAACUCUGGCAUUUCUCAUUCCUGCCAUAGAGCUCAUCUACAAACUCAAAUUCAUGCCCAGAAACGGCACUGGUGUGGUGGUCCUGUCCCCAACACGUGAGCUGGCCAUGCAGACGUAUGGCGUGCUGAAGGAGCUGAUGACGCACCACGUGCACACCUACGGCCUCAUCAUGGGUGGCAGCAACCGCUCAGCCGAGGCUCAGAAGCUUGGUAACGGGGUGAACGUUGUGGUGGCCACGCCCGGCAGACUGCUCGAUCACCUGCAGAACACACCUGGCUUUAUGUACAAGAAUUUGCAGUGCCUGAUUAUUGAUGAAGCAGACAGGAUUCUGGAGGUUGGAUUUGAGGAAGAGCUUAAACAGAUCAUCAAACUUCUUCCAAAGAAGAGGCAGACCAUGUUGUUUUCAGCUACGCAGACUAGAAAGGUGGAGGAUCUGGCUCGCAUCUCUCUGAAGAAGGAGCCGCUGUACGUCGGAGUGGAUGAUAACAAAGAAGUGGCCACGGUGGACGGGCUGGAGCAGGGUUACGUGGUCUGCCCUUCGGAGAAGCGCUUCCUGCUGCUCUUCACGUUCCUGAAGAAGAACCGCAAGAAGAAGGUGAUGGUGUUCUUCUCCUCCUGCAUGUCGGUGAAGUUUCACUACGAGCUGCUCAACUACAUCGACCUGCCCGUCAUGGCCAUUCAUGGCAAGCAGAAGCAGACGAAGCGAACCACAACGUUUUUCCAGUUCUGUAACGCAGACUCUGGCAUCCUGCUCUGCACGGAUGUGGCUGCCAGAGGCCUGGACAUCCCUGAGGUGGACUGGAUUGUCCAGUAUGACCCACCUGAUGACCCAAAGGAGUACAUCCACCGGGUGGGCCGAACCGCUCGUGGUAUCAAUGGCAGGGGCCAUGCACUGCUCAUCCUCAGACCGGAGGAGCUGGGUUUCUUGCGCUUCCUCAAACAGGCCAAGGUCCCACUGAGCGAGUUUGAAUUCUCCUGGAGUAAGAUCUCAGAUAUUCAGUCACAGUUGGAAAAGCUGAUUGAGAAGAAUUACUACCUGCACAAGUCAGCUCAGGAGGCCUACAAGUCAUAUGUGAGGGCAUAUGAUUCGCACUCCCUCAAGCAGAUCUACAACGUACAGACGCUGAACCUCCCCCAGGUGGCGCUGUCCUUUGGCUUCAAAGUACCACCCUACGUUGACCUCAAUGUAAACAGCAGUAAAGGUGCCAAGCUGCAGAAGAGAGGAGGCGGCGGCGGCUUUGGCUACCAGAAAUCCAAGAACGUGCACAAGGCCAAGAUCUUCAAGCAUGUCAACAAGGGCAGGGGGGAGCGCCGCCAGUUCUCCCGCUGAGCUGAAAUACUUUUACCCAUAAUGCUUCAGGAUACAAGGAAAGAGCCUGCUGGAACACCAUGCAGAGGCUUUGAUAACGCAUGGUUGUUAUUUUGGAGACGAGAAGAGAAGUUAUUUUGGAGACAAGAACUUUUAGCUGUUUCCAUUCCAUGUCAUUAUAUAGAGAUAUCCCUAAUGACGUGUCUUAUAUAGAGUCCAGUUAAAUGUAAUUAUCUUUUCUGAUUUGUCCUCUUUGUACUGCUGGAGUGAUUGCUCUAUUAAAAAAAAUCAAACCCUGGCA